AUGCCGCCCGCCUCAUCGUCCUCAUCGUCGCCGCCGUCGCAGGAGCCCCUCAAGUUCAUUUCCCUGCCGCCAAAGUCGAGGCACUCAGCCACAGUCUUCUUCAUCCAUGGCCUUGGAGAUACAGGUCAUGGCUGGAAGCCCGUAGCAGAUAUGUUCCGUCUCGACCCUGCCCUUAGCCAUGUCAAGUGGAUUCUCCCCCAUUCACCUGUACGCGCGGUCCAAGCAAACUUGGGCAUGGAAAUGCCGUCGUGGUUCGAUAUCUACUCAUUUGGAUUUAAUACGGACGAAGACGAAGUGGGAAUGAUUCAGUCCGCGCGGUCCAUAAAUCAACUUAUCAUGAACGAAGUCGAAUCUGGUAUGGAUCCCAGCCGUAUCAUCUUGGGCGGCUUCAGUCAGGGCGCCACUAUGUCGUUACUCACAGGCAUGAUGAGUGAGCUCAAGCUUGGUGGCAUCAUUGUGUUGAGUGGGUGGUUGACGCUGCGGUCAAAAUUCAAGGAGAUCGCUUCUGCACACGCAGCAUCAACACCAGUCUUCUGGGGGCAGGGAGCCCAAGAUUCGUUGGUAAAAUCGACAUUCGGGCGGGAGUCUGCCGAUUUCCUGGUCACGGAACUGGGCAUGCCAGUUGGUGUGCCCAAUGAGUGCCGUGGUCUGUCGUUUAUAACUUACGACAACCUCGGCCAUGCUACGAACCCCAUGGAGCUGGACGAUGUAUGCAAUUGGAUGAAGAAGGCAAUACCUGCGGAAAAGGCUCGAAAAUGA